AUGAUUGAACUAGAGGAAAAUCACGGCUGGCUUCAAGACACGCGGGAUGCGGCGGGCAAUCCAUUCCAGCAAUUACACUCAGAAACACAGCAGAAACUCGCAGCGCAUGAGUGCCAGAGCCUAGGAAUCAAAUAUCAGGUUACUGGAAAGUACUGCUCAUUUGUUGCACUCGAAAGUGAUGCAUCCUCUAGCUCAGAGGAGACACAAAAGCCGACUGAGACUGAGACACAAAAGCUGCCGGUCCGAACCCGCCACCGCGCAUUUGAGAGUGCUCGAGGCCUGCAUUGCCUGGCGCACCAGGGCCUCGCGCUCCAGCAAUGGGAGGCUAUGCAAGCAAGCCCGGUAUUUGCCAGAACACCACCUCCUCCUCCACCUGCGCCAGGGGCAAGUCUCUCUGGUGCAGUUGCCGAAGCCCCAAUGGAGCAAAAUCUCCGUAUGGUUUCGUCGCCUGUGUCCUCUUUUGGAGCUCCUUCACCGCCUCCGUCAAGCCAACCUGCCUUUGGGGCAUUUGGUCAAGCUCAACCUUUGGCCCAAAGUGCUUUUGAGGCCCCACCUGGAGACCUCUUUGGCUCAUCGACUCAACCCUCAACAGGUGGCUCACUCUUUGGAAGAGCCAGCUCUGGUUCGAACCCGUUUGCCAAUAUCACUGUUCCAACACCCCUUUCUAUGCCAAGUCAGAAAAAGGCAUCACUGACCGCUAGACAAGAGCCGGAUAAUGCAAAGCCAGCACAACUCACAAAACCUUCAAAAGUACACGCCCUCGUUGGAUUGCAAACUUUUGAAGGAAACUGGGAAUGGGCACAGAGUUUAUUUGAUGUCCUCGGAUACAAUAUGGCAGAUAUUCAAGUGCGGGUCCUCCACUUGCUGCAGGUGGAAAGUCUUGGCACGGAUGCCGCGAACAUCGUUGCUACCGUGCUAGCAGGCGCAUUCCUUUUGAAUAAGAAUGCGGAUUCUCGGAGUGUUUGGGAGUUAGUCUAUGAUAAAGUUGAAUUCUGGGUUUCUAAAAUAUUGGAUCAAGUUUGUUUCCAGGUCAUUGAAGCUCACAAGAACGAGAUCAUGGCUCUGGUUUGA